AGUAUCUGUGUACGUGUCUGCGUGUCCAGCGAGCUACCCAGGAAUUUUUCGUGGCCCACUUCUUUUUCCUACGUGCACCCGAGGCGGGUGGUGCGGGUGGGCACCGGGUAGGUUCCUAUAAAAGACAGCAAGGUGAGCAUCAGUGACGGUGCAGUGUUCUUUGAUCACACCCGACACAGCUCUAGAAACCCUGUCUCCAUCAUGCCCAGUGCUGCAACAGGUGAAAGCAAUAAGGAUGAGCAGGCCAGCCAGGCGGUGACAGAUGACUAUGCUCUCGACCCGAACGAUCAGUCCGCCAAGUUUGGCGAGGAUGAUGGAGAGCCAUGGAAAGAUUUGUCGUUGGCGAAGAAAGUCUGGCGGGUAUUGUGGGUGUUCCUCCGCUUGGGUCUGCUGCUUGGAUGUCUUUACCUGUUCAUCUGCUCGCUGGGGCUUCUGGAGGAUUCCUUCCAGCUGCUGGGAGGUAAGACUGCCGGUAAGACGUUCCAGAAUGACAAGCUGUUGUCGAACCCCGUGGCGGGGCUCAUGAUCGGUGUCCUGGCAACAGUCCUCGUCCAGAGCUCCUCAACAUCCACAUCGAUCGUCAUCACAAUGGUCGGCUCAGGAAUUAUUUCCAUCAAGAUAGCUAUACCGAUCAUCAUGGGAGCUAACAUAGGGACAUCCGUCACCAACACGCUUGUCUCCCUUGCACAGGCAUCGGACAGAAAUGAGUUUCGUCGCGCAUUUGCUGGAGCCACAGUGCAUGAUAUGUUCAACUGGCUGACUGUGCUGGUGCUGCUGCCCCUCGAGGUGGUGUCCGGCUACCUUCAGUGGCUGACCGGCCUCAUCGUGGACACCAUACCCACAGAUUAUUCGCAGGACAAGACACCGGACAUGCUGAAGGCCAUCACCAAACCACUCACCGAACUUAUCGUUAAGGUUGACAAGAAUGUGAUCGAAAAAAUGGCGCAGCUAAACAGUUCCUCAGAAGAUAUCGGUAACGUGCUGCUGCGGUGGUGCGCCAAGAAAACUGUCGUGGAGAACAUCACCAGAGAACACGAGGACACGCUGGCCAUCGACUGCCGCAGCGUCCUGUCGGCUCGCUCGCCCCCUGACCUCCUGCCCUGGUGUCAGCAGGUUGCGAGUCACAAGAUGCUCAACCUCAGCGAUGUCAAGGUGGAUCUGAAGUGGGAGUACACUGACCUGGACAAUGUCACCCAUCUGUUUAAAAGAUGUGACAACCUGUUUGCACAGAGCGACCUGAGCGACACGGCGGCGGGUGCGGUGCUGCUGGUGUGCUCGCUGCUCGUCAUCUUCUUGGCGCUGUACGGCAUCGUCAAGGCGCUGCACUCGCUGCUGCACGGCUCCAUCGCCAAGCUCGUCCGCCGCAUCAUCAACGCCGAGCUGCCGGGCCGCGCCGCCUACUUCAGGUACCUGGCCAUCCUCUUCGGCACGGGUAUGACCAUGAUCCUGCAGAGCAGCUCCGUCUUCACUCCACCCUCACCCGCUGGUGGGCGUGGCAUCGUGUCGGUGGAGCGCAUGUACCCUCUCACCCUGGGCUCCAACAUCGGCACCACGGUGACGGGGAUCCUAGCCGCCCUGUCGCAGGAGGGCGAUCACCUGAUCAACGCCCUGCACGUGGCCCUCUGUCACCUCUUCUUUAACAUCACGGGUAUCGUCCUUUUCUACCCGCUUCCAUUCAUGCGCCUACCUGUGGACUUGGCCAAGUCGCUAGGCAACACCACCGCCAAACAUCGCUGGUUCGCCAUCCUCUACAUUCUCCUCCUCUUUAUCGUCUUCCCCGCCGCCGUCUUUGGUCUGUCCGUCGCGGGAUGGGUCUACCUGGGCUCCAUCGGCGGCACCUUCUUUGUCAUCUUCGUCGCAAUCGUCGCCAUCAACGUCAUCCAGAGGAAGCGACGCGGCUGCCUGCCGCCGGUCCUGCGCACUUGGGACUUCCUGCCGCACUGGCUGCACUCCCUCAAACCUAUCGACAUCGUCAUCGCUAAAGUCUUCAACUGUCGCUGCUGCCAGCGGCUGCAGGAGGCCGACAAGGGAGAAAGAAGUCCCGACAAGGAGGUGGAGAUAACUGUCGAGGUAAAGUGCGAUGACCAAAAGGCGCCGGCCGCAGCCAACGGACACGUCAACGAAGGGGCGGACUUCGAGGAGCAUCGUUUGUGAUAAAGUUUACUUCGUCCGCCGCAACAACAACAACAACAACAACAACAACAACAACAACAACAACAACAACAACAACAACAACAACAACAACAACAACAACAACACAAAAUUUGUAAAGCACUCCUAAGGAGUAUGCUCUUAGCGCUGUAUAGACUGUCUAUACAGACCUCUGACCCAGCAGAGACAGCAGAAGACAGCUUCUCUGAAGUUAGGGAAUAGAAGUGAACGGAGGGCAGAGUGGUUAACACUGGCGUUCGAACCCAGAGGCGCACAGGCCCGACACCCUGUGGUGCAAUGAAUUUUUCCAGCUACUAGCAACGAGUAAAUGGCCCGACAGCCUGUAUGGGGAAAAGGUAAUCCUGGUCCCAAGAAAAUUGUCCCUAACACCUCCAGCACAGAAGUUUAGGAGACUGUAAUUAUAGCUAAUGAAACUGUAAUUAAGCGGCAGACUCUUCCUCUUUCAAUGUUUAUUAUCUGUAACUUGUAAAUAAAAGGAGAGGGAGGGGUAGAAGAAGUAGGAACCACGAACAAUUAUAACUGUGAACUGAGAGUCAAGUCUCCCUAACUCUACUAUAGUAAACUCUUACUAGUGCGUGAAUAGAGUGAACAACGAAUAAAAUAACUGCUAUAAACAUUCGCCGACUGUGGGUACGAGCGUACGUUCAACGUUGGCGGGUAAAGGGAGGUAAUCCCCUACGCAAUGAAAGUCUCAACACUCCUGGAUUGCCUCCCAUGAAUAGAAAAUCCCCGAGUGAAAAAAAGAAUGAAGUGGGGGGGGGGGGUUUGUCCUUCUAGUAUGUAGACAGUACAAUAUCAGUGGCACUGACACGCUUGUGAUAGUAAAUAACAAAUUGUGAAAAUACUUGCAGUGAUUUCAGAUCACUCGGCUCCUCGAGUUACUGUGUUGUUAAUAAACAGACAAUGUGCGGUAGUCUUUCAAUUUGAUAAUAAUCGUAAAAAUAUUUUUUAUAAUGACUUAAAAUAGACUUCAGGGUA